ACAUGAUAAGCCCUCUUGCCGCCGUCGUUCCGCAUGCACAAGCGGUUAAGAUCCCUUUGCAGAAGCUUGUACCCUCUGUGAUCCAUGUACCUGCGUUCCCACCUAAGUCUUACCCCUCGUAGGAGGUGGACAGCGACCAUCGCGGAGAGAUAUACUUACGCUCGAAUCAGAGCAAAGAGACCGCGGCCGGUCCGGGCACGAACUAUGACGCUUAGAAGAGUCCGGGAUGCGUGUAUCUCGAGCGCCCCAUUUUUCUGCUGCUUAACGAGCCGGUUGCAGUGCCUGUAUCGCCGGCAUUUCGAUUCAAUCCUUGGACACUAAGGGUGUAGUGCCGUAGCAGCGCAGGUACGAUGCUGUGCUUUUUCCCACUUCUUCCCGCGUGUAUGCGACCUCGUCUUAUCAGGUGGCGGGCGAGCGAAGCUUUUGGGAUAAAAGCCUUGAGGUUUUCCUUUGAUCUCUGGCCACUGAACGUGUCGUGCCUGUGCAUCGGUUUAUUGCAAGGUGCCCUGUAACCAGGUUGAGACCUGUUUCAAUGCCCAGCAUGAAGGUUGCACUUACGUUUCUUACUUCUUUGGUCCUUGCGGGCUCCUCGGGCGCCGCACCGAACAUUCUCGCGAAAUCCAAGGGCCUUUCGGAGAAGAGGCAGUCCGGCUAUGGCUCUGCCAGUCCGUGGUUAACGGAAAAGACGAAGCAAUUCGCUGUGAAUGGUUCUGCGAUUCCCGAUGUUCCCUUUGAUGUCGGCGAGUCUUAUGCCGGUCUGCUUCCCAUCAGCAGUGACCCAAAUGAAGAACGCAAGCUGUAUUUCUGGUUCUUCCCGUCCAGCAACCCAAAUGCCACAAAUGAAGUUGGCAUGUGGUUCAAUGGCGGACCGGGGUGCAGUUCUCUCUCGGGUCUUCUAACGGAGAACGGGCCUUUCAUCUGGCAAGAUGGCACGCUUGCCCCUGUGCAGAAUCCGUACUCAUGGCACAACCUGACCAAUUACGUUUGGAUCGAGCAGCCCGUUGGCGUUGGCUUCACCACUGGUGUUCCUAACAUUACAAACGAAGUUGAGCUUGGCCAACAAUUCAUUGGCUUCUGGAAGAACUUUGUGGACACCUUUGAUAUGCACAAUUUCGACAUGUACUUGACAGGAGAGAGUUAUGCUGGCUUUUACGUACCGUACAUUGCUGACGCUUUCAUCGGCGCUAAUGAUACCGUGUACUACAAUCUGAAAGGCAUUGCGAUCAACGAUCCCAUCAUCGGCGAUGAGACGAACCAGGGACAAGUUACCAUCAUGCCAUACGUGCACGCCUUCCAGGAGCUGUUAUAUCUUAACGACACUUUUCUGGAGACAAUGGAUCAAUGGAAUGACCACUGCAACUAUUCUUCGUAUAUGGAGAAGUACCUGACGUUCCCUCCUCCUAACGAGAUCUUCCCCGUGCUUCCGGAUCCGUACUACUCGGAUACUUACGAAUGCGAUAUCUUCGACGAUAUUUACGCGGCAGCUCUUGAAGUCAAUCCAUGUUUCAACAUCUAUCAUAUCACGGAGACCUGCCCUCACCCAUACUCUGAGUUGGGGAUCAUCAAUCCUGGAGAUUACAGCCCCCCUGGUGCCCAGGUUUACUUCAACCGCACAGACGUGCAAGAAGCAAUCAACGCGCCUGUUGGUACCAAUUGGCAGCAGUGCACUGACGUCAACGUGUUUGGCAACCAGCCUACAAGGACCACAAACUACUCAGCUGGCCACGACCUUUCUCUUGGACCGGCUCAAAAUGGAGUCCUCCAACGCGUGAUCGAAUACACAAACAAUGUCAUCAUUGGCUCCGGCAACCUAGAUUUCUUACUCAACACAAACGGCACCCUGCUUGCAAUCCAGAACAUGACCUGGAAUGGUCUCCAAGGUCUGCAGGAGUAUCCGGGCACGCCUUUCUACGUCCCGUAUCACCCGGAAUACAACGGCGGCGCCCUCGCUGGCGCCGGUAUUCUGGGUUACUGGGGUGCUGAGCGUGGUCUGACCUUCUACCAAGUUCAGCUCGCCGGCCACGAGCUGCCAGGCUAUGCCGCGGGGGCCGGAUACAGGGCUCUGGAGCUGCUUCUAGGAAGGGUCAGCAGUUUCAGCGACGAGAGCUCCUUCACCACCCAAAGUGGUAAUUUUACAGGCGAGGGUAUCAUCUACAAACAGACGGCAACACGGGACCCUAGAAAGCAGAGGCUGCUGAACGCUAGAAUAGGCGGUAGGGCCCAAAGGAUUGUUUAAACCGUAGAUUGGGGUCAUCACGAGAAAAAAAAUAUAACUUAAUGUUUAUUGCUAUUAA